AUGUCAAACGACAGCUGGGUGGGCCCCUGGAGACCGCACCGGCCCCGGGUGCCCGUGCCGGCCCCGCUCCGCAGCCCCGGGCCCCGGUACGGGCUGCCCAGCGGCAUCGGUGAGUGCGGCACGGCGGGGCCCGAGGGGGACCGGAGCCAGCAGGACCAGGUCCCACCGAGCCGCUGCCCGCCCCCAGGCUCCGAGCACCGCGACCCCUCCACGCCCCGCGCUCCCGCCUACAGCUUCGGCCUGAGGCUGGGGGGUCCCGAGCAGCCGCGCUCCCCCGGCCCCCAGUACCUGGUGCCCACCGGCGUCACCGCCCGGGGCCGGGACCGCGCCCCCGCCUUCACCAUGGGCGGCCGGGCCCGCCAGCGCCGGGCCAGCGACACACCUGGGCCAGCCCAUUACUCCCCCGAGCUGGCCGACAGGAUGACCCUGCCCUCGGCCCCCGCCUGCUCUGUGGGGUCCCGUGGCCGCCAGGACAAACCCCCGCAGACACCAGGCCCUGCCAGCUACCAGCUGCCACCCGUGAUGGGCCCUCACCUGGUGAACAAGAGAUCGGCCCCCCAGUGCACCAUGACAGGGAGAGGCCCCAGCAUGUUCGAAGACAAGAGAAAGACCCCAGGACCCAGCAGAUACAGCACCGUGGACACCAAUGUGUACAUGGCGCGGGCCCCGCGCUGUACCAUGGCGGGGCGGAGCCGCCCCCGCCCCAUCUUACACACCCCCGGCCCCAGCGACUACAGCCCCAAGCAGGGCCAGAAACAAGGACAGACCUUCGGCGUGCGCCACUCGGAAAAUGUGAUCCCCAUGAGGGACUCGCCCCUGUAG